AUGUCGUUUGCCUCCAAAGCAAUAGGGUCAACAGGGUUAGGAGGGGGCAAGGACUUAGAAGAGACUUUGGAAGCACGAAUUGCUGGCUGUGUAACUGCUGAUGAUGCAUAUCGAUUUAUCAAACAAAAGAGGACAAACGAAGCUGAACCAAGUGCCUGUAAAGAAAGUGGUCAGAUUAGAACAAGUGCCAAGACAUUACAGAGGCCAAAUAAUCUCAAAGGAGAACUUGACAGUAGCCCACGGGGUCUUCAAAAGGGGACUGCAGCUUCAUUUUCUGGUGCAAAGGAUUCACCUACUGCCAUACAAGCCAUCUCAAGGUCGCCAGAAGAGUGGGAUAUUAGUGGAUUUGCAGGGGCUGAAUUUCUAUCUGAAUCGGAGAAAAAGCUUUGUAAUGAGAUCAGAAUACUGCCGUCAUACUAUCUCAACAUGCUGCAGACCAUGUCAUUAGAAAUUUCAAAGGGAAGUGUAACAAAGAAAUCUGAUGCACAUAAACUCUUUAAGGUAGACCGAAGCAAGGUUGAUAGAGUCUAUGAUGUCCUUAUGAAAAAGGGAGCUCUGCAAACAUAA